AUGAAUCCAAAGUUCUGGCUGGCAACAAUGUUUCUGAUGUCCCGGAUUGGUGUACUCGACGCCAACAGCCGGUGUCAUGUAACGGAAAGCUCUAUUGGCGGAAUGUACCUGAGAGGUCACGUGUUUAAAGUGCAUCGCGAUGAGUUGCCUGAAGAGUGUUUUUUCCUGUGUGAGGAAGAAGUCACGUGUCAGAGUUACAAUGUCGUCAUUGGUCAAAAUAUCUGUGAACUGAACAAUCGUACAAAGGAAGCAAGACCGGAAGAUUUUAUACCGGAUCAGAGGAGAUUUUACAUGAAGCGUUCUAGAAACAGAGGUACCCUUAACGUUCCCUCGACUACCUUUUGUAUUUGCGUUUCUGGGCAGACUUGCUUUUUUAAUUUUCCUUUCACGAUUACAGAAAACUCAAAUUUCAGAGAAACAAAGAUUGUAGAUACAGAUAUGUUCCUAUGACGAGCCUUUCGAUGAUUCAAUUUUGGGGAUUGUUUCAUCAUUGAUAAGGCAUUUUAAUAUACAGAGACAAGUCAAAAUUAAAGAAACGACGUUUUGGAAUCAUCGUCUCAUCAACGGCAUCUUAGGAAGAUAAUAUUUGACUGAAAAGUAGUUUAACGAUGAUACUGCAACGUUAGCUUGUUUCGCUUCGUUACUGUUGCUGUCUUCCAUCUCAUUUCUUAGUCUAGAUCUAAUAGCACAGUUUUUAUUUCAUUCUACUUUUACGCAGGCAGGAAAGUAGGAGCUUUUUUUCCUAUCCUGUCGUAUCACGAGGUAUCGAAUUGCAUGAUGGUGGAAACUACCUAUAUGAAAUUUUUCUGAUGCAGUUCCCCUCGGAUCCAUCAAAGAACUUCCGGCGGAAUCCUGUAAUGAGAUUGUAUCGAGCGAAGGGGAACAGGUGGCUGAUGGGAAAUACUGGAUUUACUCUGAAGAGAAUAGCGAGGUCAUCGAGGCUUCUUGUGAAGGUAAAUUGUUCACUAAAUUACUCACCUAUUUCCCCACUGCCUCUUAAACGUGUUCUCUUAUCCUAACUUUUUUUAUAUUUACCAAAAUUAUAUCUCGUCGCGCUGUUCCGGCACUGAAAAAAACGGGAAUUAUAGUAAAAAAAAAAAAGGAUUUGUGUUUGAAGAAGAUAAGUCAACGACAUGAACUGUUCUUUCCCUUAUACAAAAUUGUUUUAAUGGCGAAUGGGAAUAGAUCAAAACAACUAUUCAGAUCAUGACGCCGAAAAGGACGAUGGUUAACCUUUUUUAUUACUGGAAUUUAUCCUGCAAAUAGCUGUUAGUUACCAUUCGAAAAUACACUGGCUUACAGUGGCUAUUUCUUUCUUAAAACAGUUUAAUUAACUUUCAACUGUCCUAUUUCUAUUUAGCUAUCUGCCUAUCCUAUUUCUUUAUCUUAGAGAGCUGGCAAAAGAUAAAUGGCGAAGAACCUGUCUGCUUUGGAGCCAAAGACAAUCAGUAUGGUUCCUUCAACAUGACAAAGAGUGGACGAGUUAAGACAAUGAAGCUUAUUCACAAGUCAGGGUCAGUGCGCUGCAACAAUGUUACUAUUUCAUCCUACUGGGGUUGCACCUGGACACCAUAUAAAGACAAUCUGAUGACAAUCAUCACAGAUGCCAAUAAGAAGGCCAUUCUGCCACCUGCCGAGGACUUGAAAGCUUUUAAAACUCCCGGUCAUUUUGAUAACAAAGAACACUUUUACAGUCUUCCUGGAUAUCACCAUAAUUCAAUUGAGCUGGUUUUUCGCAACCUCGUCAAUCCUUUGUCUGUCUCGAGCAACCAAGAGAUGCAGAUAUGGUACGGACAGGAUUGGAUUGACCGCGGAGAGGAAGACAACAGCGGUAAAACUUGUGUUGAUGUGUAUGCAUGGUAUGAGUGA